CACCUCGGAGACUGCUGAGCGGAGUGGGGGGGGGCGGAGGCGGGGGAUCCGGUCCCCACACACGGUCCACGCUGGCUCCCCACGGAGGCCCACCCGCUCCUGCGGCCCACGGCACGAAGCCAUGAUCCCAACCGGUCCGCUCCUCCGCACUUCCGCCUCAGUAUGGCAUCACAGCUGCAGGUGUUCUCCCCCCCAUCAGUGUCGUCGAGUGCCUUCUGCAGUGCGAAGAAACUGAAAAUAGAGCCCUCUGGCUGGGAUGUUUCAGGACAGAGCAGCAACGACAAAUAUUAUACCCACAGCAAAACCCUCCCAGCUACACAAGGGCAAGCCAGCUCCUCUCACCAGGUAGCGAAUUUCAAUAUUCCUGCUUACGACCAGGGCCUCCUCCUCCCAGCCCCUGCAGUGGAGCAUAUUGUGGUAACAGCUGCUGACAGCUCAGGCAGUGCCGCCACGGCAACCUUCCAAAGCAGCCAGACCCUGACUCACAGGAGCAACGUUUCUCUGCUUGAGCCAUAUCAAAAAUGUGGAUUGAAAAGAAAAAGUGAGGAAGUCGACAGCAACGGUAGCGUGCAGAUCAUAGAAGAACAUCCCCCUCUCAUGCUGCAAAACAGAACUGUGGUGGGUGCUGCUGCCACGACCACCACUGUGACCACCAAGAGCAGUAGUUCUAGCGGAGAAGGGGAUUACCAGCUGGUCCAGCAUGAGAUCCUUUGCUCUAUGACCAACAGCUAUGAAGUCUUGGAGUUCCUAGGCCGAGGGACAUUUGGACAGGUGGCCAAGUGCUGGAAGCGGAGCACCAAGGAAAUUGUGGCUAUUAAGAUCUUGAAGAACCACCCCUCCUAUGCCAGACAAGGACAGAUUGAAGUGAGCAUCCUUUCCCGCCUAAGCAGUGAAAAUGCUGACGAGUAUAAUUUUGUCCGUUCUUACGAGUGUUUUCAGCACAAGAAUCAUACCUGCCUUGUGUUUGAGAUGUUGGAACAGAACCUGUAUGAUUUCCUAAAGCAGAACAAGUUCAGCCCACUGCCACUCAAGUACAUCAGACCAAUCUUGCAGCAGGUGGCCACAGCCUUGAUGAAGCUCAAGAGUCUGGGUCUGAUUCAUGCUGACCUUAAACCUGAAAACAUAAUGCUGGUUGAUCCAGUUCGCCAACCCUACCGAGUGAAGGUCAUUGACUUUGGUUCUGCCAGUCACGUUUCCAAAGCUGUGUGUUCAACCUACCUGCAGUCACGCUACUACAGAGCCCCCGAAAUUAUUCUUGGAUUACCAUUCUGUGAAGCUAUUGACAUGUGGUCACUGGGCUGUGUAAUAGCUGAGCUGUUCCUGGGAUGGCCUCUUUAUCCUGGUGCUUCAGAGUAUGAUCAGGUAAGAAAAAGUGCUUAUUUGAAUGGACGUGGAAAGCAACACAAACUCAGACUACACAGGGCCGCACAUACAGAGUGCUUUUAUAGCAAUCUGAAAAAACAGACCACACAAUAUUGAAAAAAGUAAGGGUGU